AGUAAACUGGCAACACUCAGCAGUUUGGUUUGGUUUAUGGUUUCAUCACAUGACCCUUUUAUUUUGUUCCCGUGAUCAAAUUGUGGAAAUUCAAAAAUAAUUACAAUGGCAAUGGCCAAAGUGGAAAUUGACGUUGAUGACAUGCAUGAAAAUUCACUUGAUAACAGUGCAGAUAUUGAAUAUUUGGGCAUGGUAGAUGAAGGAUCUUUUGGGAGUAACGAAGAGAAAUCCCAACUAGUGUCUCAGCCCUACUUGGAGCCCCACGACACUAAUACUACGUAUAGCUUCAAAGAUCUAUCUGGUGCAGUCAAAUACAAAUUAAUAACUAUGACAGGGGAAGAAGCUGGCAUCAACAUCACACACUCGCCAUCUCCUGAUGCAGAAUAUUUUGUAAUUAGCAAUCCUGUAGAAGUUUUUGGCACUACAACUACACCAAAGAAAAAUGCACGUAGAGAUCCACUGCAGACAAAAGCAGUCACAGCAAAAAAGCGUGACGACAAAAGGCGAGCAACCCACAACGAGGUCGAAAGACGUCGUCGAGACAAAAUCAACAGCUGGAUUUCUAAACUGGCCAACUUAGUUCCCAAUUCUGGUUUACCGGACUCUGCGAGUAAAGGGGGAAUAUUAGCUAAAGCAUGUGACCAUAUCACAGACUUAACGGAGAAACAAAAGAGAUUAGAAAAACUGGAAGUUGAGAAUGAAAAACUCGUACUAGAAAUAUUGAGACUAAACCAAGAGCUGACUGAAGUGCGCAAAGAGAACAGCUCAAUGCGCAACCAACUCGCGGACAACUGCAUAGUGCUAUCACACAGGCCUAAGGGUCAGAAAUCUUAGUUCAAAGUGAUGUGUAGGACUUGAUGACUGACUAAACCAAGGUGCUGAAUGCUGUGUGAAGUGACAACUGAAUGAUUAAGCUAAGUACACAUUGGAAUCAAUACUGUCAUUUUGACAGGCUGUAUGAGUUAUCUGUGGUGAUAUUCAACCUUUUUUUUAAUCUAAGAUGUUGUGUCAUUGGUGUAGAUGUAAUUGGGUAGUUUCCUCAGUCAAAAAUAAAUUAUUUCGACUUUUCAAUACAAUAAAAUAAUAAAAAAUAAUCACACUUUCAUUCAUAGAUUUGAUGAUCUACUGGAUUGUUAAUUUUUUCUAGAAAUAAGUCUGCUAUUUGACGCAAAAAUCUGAUGACGUCAUAACCGUACCGAACCGAAAAUAUCGUUUUUGACGCUUCGAAAAAAGUAUUGAAUUUGACUAGUAGGAAACUAGCCUAUUGCAAGUAAUGAAAACGUUCAAUGUGCAAUCAUUUAUUUUUUCUUAAUUUUUAAUGAUUACUAGUUAAAUUAAACCGUGGUCUUGCUGUGGCAGCUAGCUGAGACAGUAUUGUGCCAAUGUGUUGUUUAUUGUCCUAUUUAUGCAUGUGCAUUAUGAACACCAAUGUUUUGUUGUUAUUAUUUUCGUUUUAUGAAUAUAAUUAGUUGAUGUUUUAAAUUGAUUUUGUGAGUUAUUAUGUGCAUAUACAAGUUGUAUCAUCUCUUUCAUUUGAUUGCAAAUAAGCAAUACUGUACAAUUGAUCUUGUUAUUGUGCUAUUUUGCAAUUUAUCUGUCUCCACUUAAAGUUCACUUUGCAUAAUUAUAUUUGUUCAAAGAUUUGUAGUCAAAAGUAAUUAGUUAAAUUAAUAGAUGUGUCUGUGAUCAAUGGCACUAAAGUUUAGACGCCUAAUACUUAGAUGUAAGAAUUGAAAUCCAAAAGAGUAUGAUUUUAAAAUUUAUAUACAUAAAUUAUGUAAUAUAAUGUUGUUUGUGUAUUGAAGUGGGGUUCCGAACUGUAAAAUAAUGUUUGAAGUAAAAUGUUAAGCCAAAAAUUAUAAAAAAGCGCCAUAGCUGUUACUUAUCGACUAUGAAACCGAUAUUAGGUGAUGGAACAGUAAUAUGCCUAAAGUUUACGCAUUUCGUUGUUUUUAGGCUUGUUAGAUAAAUUAAUAAUCUGUGUUCCGCCAUGACAGGCAAAGGUACACUGCAAUACUGCCUUACAAUGAAUCAUUGCUUAUUUUACAGUUAGGAAGCUUUAGUAAAAUCCGUUUUAUAAUUAUAAUCAAGUUCAAGAUGUUCUGUGUGUGAUGUCACACACGUACUGUUGUCUAUCACUGGUUAAAUCUGAACAAAUAUUAUAUUUAAAUACUUGGCACCCAUUUGCACUGAAUGACGGCUAACUUAUUAUCGAAACAAUAAUUAUUAUUUAUUAACUUCCUUCGUGCUAAUGGGUCCAAAACCUGUAUGAAUGUUCUAAAGUAACUAUGUAUGUUGUUCUAGUUAUACAUUUUUAUAUGAUACUAGUUAUAGCUACUUACAAAAUGUGUAAGGAUAGUACUAAAGUAGGGUAUACUAGCUUUAAGAGUUGAGUUGUUCUUAAUUUAACAAUUGGCUUACAUUUGCAUUUAAUUUGAAAUCCUCAUACAAAUGAUCACAUACUGUAUACCGGUCAUGUUUCAGAAUGAAUCAGGUAUUUUGUAUUCGAUUUUUUUUUAUUGUAGCACAGUCCUACUUGAAUAUAAUCAGAUGUUGUUGAA